AUGAACACUACUACAACUACUACUAUUGAUCAAUGUUGUCCUGAUCUUUGUGAACGUAAAGAAGUUGUUAUUAUAGGUAAUGGACCAUCUUCUAUUGUUCUAUCUUAUAUUUUAUCUGGUCAUAUACCUUAUUGGAAUGGAUGUCCAGUAUCAAAUGAUUAUUUAAAUGCUAGAUUAGAACAAUUUGUUAAAGAUACAUCAUUACUUGAACAGGAUUUAGAAUUUUUAUCUGAUGGACUUGAAGGACGUUCAAAAAAUCCUGUUUCAUUACUUAUUGAUAAUUUAUUACAUCCAGAUGCUGAUCUUGGUGCACAUUUACAAUCAAAAAUUAAAUGGCGUCAUGAUCCAUCAUUAUCUAUUGAUCAUCUUUGUAUUGGACGUGGUAAUAUUGGUGGUGUUUGGAAUCAAUUAACAUCAAAACAAUUACAAACAAUUAGUAUGGCUGAUUGGAUGGAAUUACCAAAUUAUUCAAUGUCUACAUUUCGACAACAACGUCGAACAUCUCGAUCAAAUUCAUCAUCAUCAAUAACAACAAUAGAUGAAAAUCAAUCUAAACGAGCAACAUAUGAUGAAGUUCAUUCAUAUUAUAUAAAUUAUGUUAAACGAAAUCGUUUAACAAAUUUUUUUCGUAAUGGUCAUGAAGUAACAUCAAUUGAACGUGUUUGUAUUGAUGCACCAUAUUAUGAUGAUAUAAAUGAAGAAAUUCGUACACCUGAACGUUUAUGGGAAAUACGUGGUUAUAAUGAACAAAAUAAAAAUUCAUUUGUUAUACAUGCUAAAUAUGUUGUAUUAGCAACAGGUAUGCCACAAAAACUAACAAGAUCAUUAGGUAUUAUUGGUGAACAAGCAAGUCAAUCAUUUACUUAUACAACAUUACAUGAUAUUGAAGAACUUAUUAUAAAUAAAAAACGUUUAAAUAAUAAUAGUAAACCAUUACUUGUUGUUGGAUGUGGUCUAACAGCAGUAGAUGUAUUACUUCUAUGUCAACAAUAUUCUAUACCUGUUUUACAUGUAUUUCGUCGAACUAUUGAUGAUCAUGAACUUGUAUUAAAUCAAUUACCUACGAAUGUUUUUCCUGAAUAUGAACGUAUAAGAGAAUUAAUUCGACAGUCAACAUCUAUGUCCUCAUCAUCUCAAUGGUCUUAUCAAUGUUCUUCACAAAGUGAAAUUCUAUCAAUAACUGAAGAUGGUACUGCACAUAUACGAAAUCUUCGUACACAAGUAACAACUGAAUAUGAUAUAUCCUUUGUAGCUCGAGUUACUGGAGCUGAUGUGACAUUACCUUUUCUUUCUUCGUCGAGUACAAAGAAAAAAAAUGGUCUUCAUAUUGAUCCAUAUACUUAUGAAUGUAUUGAUUUUGAAAAUGUCUAUGCAUUAGGUCCAUUAGCUGGUGAUAAACUUGUUCGUUUUUUACAAGGUGGUGCAGUUGCAUGUGCAGCAAGUCUGUUUAAAAAACAUCGACAAGCAUUAUCUAAUAAUAAUAAUAAUAAUAAUAGUAGACUAUUGUACUCCAAUACUCCUCGAAUGAGAGUUGUUGCAUAA